AGAGGAAGCAUCAUAGAGAGGAGGAAAAAUGGAGAAAUCUCAGUUAUCGUUAGCCUUUGGAGCCUUGUUGUUCCUGUUAUCGGCAUCAACAACGGCGGCCGGCGUCGUCGUACUAACCGGAGAAAACUUCAACGAGCAAGUUGGUCAAGACAGAGGAGCUCUCGUCGAGUUCUAUGCUCCUUGGUGUGGACACUGUCAGAAGCUAGCUCCCGAGUAUGAGAAGCUUGCAGAGAGUUUCUCGAAGGCUAAAUCCGUCUUGAUCGGAAAGGUGGACUGUGAUGAGCAUAAGAGUCUUUGCAGCAAAUAUGGUGUUCAAGGCUACCCAACUAUUCAAUGGUUUCCCAAAGGCUCUUUGAAACCUAAAAAGUAUGAAGGACAACGCACUGCUGAGGCCCUUACUGAGUUUGUGAAUACUGAAGGAGGGACCAAUGUGAAAAUAACCGCCGCUCCAUCCAGUGUUGUAGUGCUAAAUGCUGAUAAUUUUGAUGAGGUUGUCCUUGAUGAGGCCAAAGACGUGUUGGUUGAGUUUUAUGCUCCUUGGUGUGGCCAUUGCAAAAAACUUGCUCCUACCUAUGAAAAGGUAGCAACGGCAUUUAAAAUGGAAGAAGAUGUAAUAAUAGCUAAUCUUGAUGCUGAUAAAUAUGGAGAUUUAUCCGAAAAGUAUGGUGUAAGCGGAUUUCCAACACUGAAAUUCUUUCCAAAGAGCAACAAAACCGGUGAAGAUUACACUGGUGACAGAGAUUUGGAUGCUUUCGUUACCUUCAUAAACGAAAAAUGUGGCACCAAUCGUGAUGCAAAAGGGCAGCCAACUUCAAAGGCCGGUAUUUUUUCAAGUUUGGAUCCAUUGGUCAAGGAGUUCGUGGCUGCUGGCGGCGAUGAGAAGAAAGCAGUCUUUUUGAAGAUUAAAGGGGAAGUCGAGAAGCUUAAGGGCUCCGCGUCGAUGUAUUCAAUCGGUUCCUCAAUAUUCAGCUCCAUAGGAAAACUUGUUGCCAAUUCUUACUAAUCUAUCUUGCUGAUU